AUGCCCGACGAGACCACUCAAGGUGAAGAACAAACCACCGAGUCAACACGCACGGCGGACGCAUCGGAUAUGCAAACCGCCAAGGAUUGGUUCAAGGCGGUUUUCAAGCUUCAACACGCAUCGAUUACACAAGCGCAGGAGGACCGCCAACAAGCUAUAGCCGACCGUCGCGCAGAUCGGCAAAUCUUUCUAGCAGCUCACCAAGCCAACGCCGCCCGCAUCGGCCGUUUGGAGGACCUCCUCCUAGCAAUGAACGUCAAAAAUGAGGUUGAUGCUCGCCCUGUACAAGCUGCUCCAGGCCGGGUCGAUCUACAAAAGUUCCGCACGUCGGACGGCCCAAUCUACCGCGGACCGUUCCAAGAAACCGAGCCCUUUUUACGCUGGAUCCACGGCGUACAGAUUUUUUUCGACACUAAGGAUGGCCCAGUGUACGACAUUCCAGCUAACUAUCAAGCCCCCGCGAAACCGGUCGACUAUUCAGCCCCGCGCGCUUGGAGUAGCCCAUCUGGCCCAUCGUCCACCCCAGGAAAACCCACUCAACCUCCCGCGGGUCGACCUUCAGCCCGUGCCGCAAGCGUUGCAGGCGUUACAGACAUCACACCCCUUGAAGCCCAAGUCUCUGUGCUACAACUAGACGCAGCAAUACGAGAGGACGGCCGUUGGGAUACAUACUUUGACGACGAAGGUUACUACCCUAGUAUGGAACCGGCCGCUGUGGCGGCACUCAAGGACCUUGACAGACAACUUCUCCCAAACAAGAUUGAGAAGGCCAAACAGGCCGACCUAGCGGAUGCUAUCGCCGGUCAUCCGGGGCGUGCCUGA